AUGUCAGGUUCCGGAAGCGACUCUCUGACUGAGGAGCUGCGGGCCAAGAUCACACGUCUUGCCGCUGAGGCUACUACAAAGCUGGCCACGGAGGGCUUAGCUGAGCAAGUUGACAUCCUGACCGCUUCCAACAUCGAAUACGCGGCCUUCCUCGAGGAGUGGAAGAAGCAGCCUGGAGGCUCUCAGCAUGGUUCCCAGCUGCCGUCGGUGCGCGAUACCACCCUGUCGGCCCCCGUGCAUCACAGACUCCCUUCGGCCCCGUUGCCUCACAGACAAGAGGCGUUCACCGAGGAUGCGCUCCAGCUCCACAUCGCCCUCCCGAAUCGCAAGUUUGACACGUCCUUUGAGCCAGAUCCUGCUCCUGCGCUCGCCCCUGAAGAGACGCUCUGCGUGGCCAAGUCGUCGAACAAGGCUACUCCUGCCCCUGCUCGCAAGGCCCCUCUCAAGGCGGCCCCCAAGCCCACCCCCAAGCCUGCUAGCAAGCCCGUUGCCAAGAAGACCCCCGUCACCAAGAAGAAGGAACUGUCAACAGAGUUCGUUGACCCGUUAUCUGAUGACGAUACUGCUAUGGAGAUUACUGUCGAAGAGGACGAGGGAGAUGAUGUCAAGGUGGAGGAGGUUGGUGAUGGCGAAGAGGAGGGGGCUGAAGCUGAAGAGCAGAGCGAACCCGAGGACGAGGACGCGACCUAUGUCGACGAGGAACUGCCCGUCCCUGCCCCGAGCCGCAUAGUCUCUCUCCGCACCGGCUCUUCCAAGUACACCGCUCGUCGCCACUCAGCUGCCAACGAGUAG